CAGCAGAGCAGAGAGAGAGACAGAGAGAGGGAGAGGACAUACAGGCAGACUCUAGCCCGAGUAGCAUCUCAGAGACUAACUGCUGGAUCUCUGUAAUGCAUCAGAACUGAUGAUCUGACCAAGCAGAGGCACCAUGGCUGCAGGAUGGAGGCUAGUGAUCCUGCUGCUGCUGCUAUUGCUCCUGUGCUGUUGGCAACUGACCACAGCCAAAGAAGGAAAAUCUGCAAAGAAGGGAAAGAAAGGCAAGAAAGUUGUCUGUCCAUCCCAGUUGUCUCCAGAAGAUUUGGCCCAGGUUCCAGCUAACUCCACCUCCAACAUUUUGAACCGUCUGAUGGUCAGUUAUGACCCAAGAAUAAGGCCAAACUUUCAAGGUAUUCCAGUUGAGUCCAAGGUGAACAUCUUCAUUAACAGCUUUGGGUCCAUCCAGGAGACCACUAUGGACUACAGAGUGAAUAUAUUUCUACGUCAGAGAUGGAAUGACCCUCGUCUACGACUUCCUACUGAUUUUAAGAGUGAAGCACUAACUGUUGACCCCAAGAUGUUCCAGUGUUUAUGGAAACCAGACCUUUUCUUUGCCAAUGAGAAAAACGCAAACUUCCAUGAUGUCACACAGGAUAACAUUUUGCUCUUCAUCUUUAGAAAUGGGGAUAUUUUGAUCAGUAUGAGGCUGUCAGUGACACUGUCUUGUCCCUUGGAUCUUACACUCUUCCCAAUGGAUACACAGCUGUGUAAGAUGCAACUGGAGAGCUUUGGUUACACAACCAGUGAUCUCGUGUUCAUGUGGCAGUCUGACCCAGUUCAGAUGGAUGAGAUUGCUCUUCCUCAGUUUGACAUCAAACAAGAGGACAUAAAAUAUGGAAACUGCACAAAGUACUACCAAGGAACAGGAUACUACACCUGUGUUGAAGUGAUUUUUACAUUACGUCGGCAGGUUGGUUUCUACAUGAUGGGAGUUUAUGCUCCAACUCUAUUGAUUGUCGUUUUGUCCUGGUUAUCAUUCUGGAUCAACCCUGAUGCCUCAGCUGCAAGGGUGCCAUUAGGUAUUUUAUCAGUACUCUCUCUGUCCAGUGAGAGUAUGUCCUUGGCUUCAGAGCUACCGAAGGUUUCCUAUGUAAAGGCUAUUGAUAUCUGGCUAAUUGCCUGUCUACUUUUUGGGUUUUCAUCCCUGGUGGAAUAUGCCGUGGUGCAGGUGAUACUAAACAGUCCCAAACUGAUUGAGGAGGAGAAAGCUAAAAUGGCCACUAAGGAGAAGGCUAUGAAAGACAAAGAAGGAAAGAAGCUUCCAAAUAAAACGAACAACACAGUAAACGGAACUGGUGGAACACCCAUUCAUGUCAACACCCUGCAGGUGGUUGAAACUCGCUGUAAGAAAGUUUGUACCUCCAAGUCAGACCUUCGAUCCAAUGACUUCAGCAUCGUGGGAUCUCUACCUCGAGACUUUGAACUUUCCAACUUUGACUGUUAUGGCAAACCAGUUGAAGUAACAGGAGCUCUCAAGUCUCAAAACAAAGCCAACAAAAAACCUCCACCACCCAAACCUGUUAUACCCGCUGCUGCCAAACGCAUCGAUCUUUAUUCAAGAGCCCUCUUCCCCUUCUCCUUCCUCUUCUUCAAUGUCGUCUAUUGGUCAGUCUAUCUGUGAGAGGAGAAGAAGGCAUUACAUGUCUCUAUGUCUGAUAUGGAACUUUGCACUUAAUUUAAACUAAACUUUGUUGUGGUUAUACCCAGAGCCAUUAAGAUAGAAGAGCUGCAACUCUGAUGGGUCAAAAAUAGCAGCAGGUCAUAUGACUCAUGUAGGGAACAG